AUGGAUGCAUCCUCGCCGCUGGCUGCCAUGCAUCGGGCACCCGCCCCAACCUGGGGCCAACACCCCGACUUGUACCGGUCCAAUCCGCACGCUCACUUCGGUGCUGGACACUCGUUCGGGUCUGGUACCCUCACUAUUCGCGAUCAAUUACAACGGUCCAACCCUGACUACUUCAACUUGAAGUCAGUCCGAGGUUCCUCCCCCACAGCGAGUCUGGCGGCCGACCUAUCCCAGAAUUUUCGGAUAGACACCGAGGUCAGCCCCCUCUUCCCUACGCCGCGCCGGGCUUUGUUCACUUCGACAUCGCAACCCAUGGGAUCAAAUGAACACCGUGAUUACGUGACGACGCCCCCUCUACCUGCCUCGUCCUCCCCGUUACCUGCGAGCGAUAUGAUGGAUAUGUCGCCUUUACCUCAGAAGGCACUUUACGAAUCAUCCAUUGAGAUUACGUCCCCAUCUUUGAUGGAGUCUCCCGAUGACGACUCUAUGAUGAUGGAGUCCCCCAUCGCCAUGUCCCGGCAUCAGUCUCUUGAAUCGCCAAAACAGUUCACUAUUGAGCCAUCUCUCACGCGGACCAAAGGUCACUCCACAAGUGCAGUCAUAAACCGUAUGCACCCUGAGCACCAGGUGUCGACUUUCAGGUUUGGAUCCGAAUCGCGGCUGACAAGUCCAACAACGUCGAUGUCACUAGGCGAAUGCUUCCAGGACUCCCCGCCCAGACCCCAGACCGCCAACAGUCCGUCUUCCAACGCUCCAGGCUCCUUCCGCCCGAAGGCCCAGUUCGCCAGUUUGACUGGCACUCGAGAGGUUCGAAAUGGCUCGCCUAUAGUCGGCCAUCCCCGGCGGCCAUCGAAUCCUUUCCAACGCCCACGGCGGCAAUAUCGCCGCUCGCUCAGCAUGUUUGAGAACCCUGUAGAUGUAGUCAAAGGAAAGGCAGACGACGCUACUGCCCACAGUAACCUGCAGUCAGUGAUGGAUGUCGAAGACCAAGACCCCGUGCUUCCCCAUUUCUUCCCCGAAGGCGAGAAUGACAGCAUACCUCGCAUCUCGAGGUGCACGUUUCUUGACGUGCUGGAUGGCAAGUUCAAUGAUCAGUACGACCAAAGGGUGAUUAUUGAUUGCCGCUUUGAGUACGAGUACGAUGGAGGUCACAUCGACGGUGCUAUCAACUACAAUGACAAAGAAUUGCUGGCUAGGCAUCUUUUCGAGACCCCCAUGGACGGAAAAGUCCUACUUAUUUUCCAUUGCGAGUACUCCGCCCACCGUGCGCCCAUGAUGGCGCGUCACAUUCGCGCCGAAGACCGUACUUUCAAUGUCGAGUACUAUCCCAAACUGACAUAUCCGGAGGUCUAUAUCCUCGAUGGAGGCUACAGCGAGUUCUAUACACAAAACCGCGACCGAUGCUAUCCUCAAUCAUACGUUGAGAUGAAUGCCGAGGAGCACGCCAGGACGUGUGAGCGAGAGAUGGGCAAGCUUCAACAGAAGCGCAAAGGCCUGAGCCGAGCGAAAACGUUUGCUUUUGGUCAUCGGGAUUGCAUGGUGGACGCAUCACCUACCGCACCUGGCAGGAACAGCCUCCAAGACUCAUCAUCACCCAUGAUGAUUGGCGACUCGCCAAUACUUGGUGCCGAUCGAUCUGUCACUCGUCGCAUGGCAUCGUACUGA